GAUUCCUUCAAUAACAACGAAGAUGAUGAUAAUGAUGGUAGAGAAUAUUGUAGUUUUUCUGAUGAUGAAGAUUAUUACUACAAUUCAAAUAUCGGUGAAACUUAUAGAAAAUCAGAUCAUCCAAUCUAUGCAUAUUAA